UCAGAUUUGUUUUCUAAACUGGUGAAUAAUGAGGGUGAUGUUUGUUCUGCUGAGUCCAAGGGUGAUAGGGCUCAUGGAGCAUGCGGUACAAAGGCUCAUCCUCUCCUGAAAGCGGUCCUGGAAACUUCAUUUUUGCAAUUCUGCACACUGGAAAUCAUGUUGGUGAGAAACGGCAUUGUGUGGAUUCUGUUGUUUGGGAUCUCUGCAGCUGCAGUGUUUGUGGAGAGACCGGAGGCCAGCGAUGUGCUGACCAGAAGGCGGCGAGCAAAUACCGGAUUCCUGGAGGAGCUCAAGCAAGGCAACCUGGAAAGGGAAUGCAUGGAGGAGAUGUGCGACUAUGAGGAGGCCAGAGAAGUAUUUGAGGACAAAGGACAGACAGAGCAAUUCUGGCAGACCUAUGACCGUCGGGAGCCCUGCAACAUAAACCCAUGUCGCAACAAUGGCGUGUGUGUCCAGCAGGGGACAACCUUUCAGUGUCAAUGUCCCGAAGGCUUUGAAGGACGCGUCUGUCAGAUGGUGUUUGAAGACUCCCUCAAGUGUAUUUACCACAACGGUCAGUGUCAGCAUUUCUGCGAUGGCUCAGGGAAACGCCGCAGGUGUUCCUGCGCUGAUGGCUACAUUCUGGGCGAAGACGGGCGUCAGUGCGUUGCUCAAGUGGAGUUUCCAUGUGGUCAGCUGGCUCCAGCCAAUCAGAGCCUGACAGGUCAGACCAGGCUUGUAGGAGCCAAUCAUUGUCCCAAAGGAGAGUGUCCCUGGCAGGUUCUGAUUGAGUUGAACCAAACAAGUCAUUGUGGAGGCGCCCUGAUCCGUCCUGACUGGGUUGUUACUGCAGCUCACUGCGUUCUUGGAAUCCACCCUGACCAGCUUACGGUGGUGGCAGGGGAACACAACCUGGAGGCCGACGAUGGCACAGAACAAAGAAUCCCAGUUUCCAAGGCAAUAGCUCAUGAGGGUUAUGUCCCAGCAACAGGUGACAGCGACAUUGCGCUGCUGCACCUGAGUAGAAGUGUGGCCCUAAACAGCCAGGCGCUCCCUAUCUGCUUGCCCAGUAAAGACUUAGCGGAGAAAGAGCUGCAACUGCUGCGGUACCACACCGUGUCCGGUUGGGGCAAGAGGACCACUGGUGGAAACGCUGCCAGCCACAGCACCGCAACCAGCGGCGUCAUCUCCCCUGUCCUCCGCAAGAUGUCCGUACCAAUCGUCCCCAACUCUCAGUGCUCACAGACAGCCCAGUUCAACUUCACCAACAACAUGCUGUGUGCUGGCUACCUGGACGGCCAACAGGAGAGUUGCCGUGGCGACGAUGGGAGCCCGUUGAUCAGUGUCUUUGGUUCCACCCACUUCCUAUUGGGCAUCGUGGGAUGGGGGCGGGGCUGUUCACACCCUGGUUAUUAUGGCGUUUACACCAACAUGGCCAAAUUUGUUGACUGGGCUGAGUCCACCAUUAAGAACCCCCCCGCAGCCCCAAUGUUUACUGACAUGAUGCAACAGAAAGUUGUCUAACAGCCACUAAGAAAAGCUUUUUCAAUGGUUUAACAGCACUUUGGUUGAAACAAUUGAAAGUGCUCGAUUGUUGCUCAUUUUAAACCAACGCCAUUGUUGUGUCAUUUCUGGAAAUAAAGAACCACUAAUGAUAGACACAUAUUGUCAUGCACAGUGAAGUCUGCUGUCAAGUUGUGUAAGAGUCUCACGUAGGGUAAUACGGUACAUUGGUAUAGUACCGCGAUACUAAUGAAUCAUACUCGGUACUAGACCGCCUCUAAUAAAGUGUGGUAUCAUCCAAAACUAAUGUCAAGUAUCAAAGAAGAGAAGAAUAAGUGAUUAUUACAUUUGAACAGAAGUGUAGAUAGAACUUGUUAAAAGAGAAAAUAAGCAGAUAUUAACAGUAAAUGAACAAGUAGAUUAAUAAUCCAUUUUUACAGCUUGUCCCUCAUAAUGUGUACAAAAUAAUAGGUGUAUAAAUGACACAAUAUGUUACUGCAUACAUCAGCAGACUAAUUAGGAGUCUUUGUUUGUUUACUUACUACUAAAAGACAAGUUGUCUAGUAUGUUCAACAUUUUAUUUAAGGACUAAAUUGCAAUAAUAAACAUAGAGGGGGG